ACAAGAAAACCGCAUUCCGCCACUCAAGAAAGCUGUCAGAAUCAAAAGCUGUAUAAAUAUAAAACCGUUAGGCAGAGCUUAGAACAUGUGCCAAGACUGUGUAAAAGUGCAGUAUCCUGAAAGGGGCACAAUCUGUCUGGAGAGUGGUUCAUAUCUACUUAACUUUGCUUGCUGUACAGUGUGUGGCAAGAAAGAACCACUCAAAAUUACAGAGAAGUCCAGUUGGGAGAAUAAUGAUGGAGAGGAACUGGUAACCUAUAAACAUGUCUGUCCAAGCUGUGGCCAUCUUGUGGCAGAGCAUGAAUACACUUUCAGGGUUGAAGGCCAGUACCAGGAAUACAUGAUGACUUGUCUUUUGUGUGGCUCGGCAGCUGACUCUGUUAGUAUUCUUCCUGAUGACCCUGCUAAAAGCGCAAAUAUUUUCUGAGUCACUAGGGAACCCUUAAUUAAAAGCUUCCCUCAUGGUCAGCACUAUGAAGCAAAUCUCUAGGAGUAUCACAGCUGAGCGGUUAGAAUCUCAUAGCCCUAGCAUUUCCCAGCUAGGAGUCAUAAAAAAUUCUGACAUGGUGAAAAGUUGAAAAAUAUCUCUGUUAAAAGUUGGAAAUAUCUUUGCAAUUUAAAAUAACUAAAUGCAAAUUUUUUUUGUUAUUAAAGUAAAGUAUAAUUUUAUCAUAAUGGAAGAUAUGAUUAGCAGGAAGGUUUUAUAUUUUGCGUUUGAGUACUAAAAAGAAGAUCGUUAGAGUGAACAGGAAUUUACUUGAAAAAUUUUCAUUGCUCAUUUCACCAUCAUUCGCCCAAGUUAGGUUCACACUGAGAAAUUGGCACUAUUCUAGUAUUUGAAAGCUUUGAGAGAAGUUGUAGAGCUUGCUUAAAGUUUAUGAUCACAUACGAUUGCCCUGUGUAUAACUAAAAAUUACAGGAUUCCUCCUUUUAUGCAAAACAAAAUGGAAAAUUAAUUUAUUAAUGCGACUGUAACUUACAAAAAAUAACAGGUUUUGGAUUGACUCUUAUUUUGAAUAUUACUACAUGUAUAUAAAUACUCUGACUAACAUGUAAGUUAUUCAGAGUGCAAGUUUUCCAAGAAUAAAUCUUAUUAAAACUAAUUAUUGACCAGGAACAGGAAGGCUCUACUGGUUUUGACUGUUCCAGGGCUGUCAUUAAUCUCUAUAAAAGCAAACUGUAUAGGAAAAGUAGGUGGCUGUAAAUUAUUUCAAAAUGGGCUCUGCAACAACAUGUAGGUGUGCCUUCUGAUCAUUUUCAAAGUUGGAAUUGCCAGUUACUGUUUGCAACAGUUGCCAGUAAAAAUUGCUAGCUCCCAAAGGCAGCCCUGUAUGUGUGGCUUUUGUUUAGUUAGUUACUUGGUUGCAUUACCAACUUUAGUUGCCAUGAAAAAAGUGACAUCCUUUACAUAUUAAGAAUCUUCAAAGUUCGAAGAUUGAGAUUACCUGUUAAUUACAUGUACAUGUAAGUUUACGGUUUUAACAGAUUUCUAAGCAUAUCAAGACUGUACAUGAAGCUAGUAACACACAAACCGA